GAAGGGCUGUGGUGACUUUCAGGAAAGUGAAUAGGAAGUGCUUUUCUAAACAGCCUGACAGCUGAGGGGUGGCAGCGAGAUUAUAAGAAGUCUGGGUCGGACAGACAGCAGAAAGCCAGCCGUGUCACAAAAGAGAUGGCCAGCUGCCCAAAAGCCAUCUGGAACUGGCGAUUUCAGAGAGUGGUCUUCAGAACUGUCCAACUCCUUUGCUUCAGUGUCCUGAUCUUAGAGCUAAUGAACCAGAAAGAAGUAUCAGCAUGGACCUACCACUACACCAAUAAAUCAUAUUCAUGGAAUUAUUCCCGGACAUUCUGCCAGAAGUACUACACGGAUUUAGUGGCCAUCCAGAAUAAAAACGAGAUUGCUUAUCUCAAUGAGACCGUACCUUACUAUAGCUCUUACUACUGGAUUGGUAUUCGAAAGAUCGACAAUAAGUGGACCUGGGUGGGAACCAAGAAGACUCUCACUAAGGAAGCUGAGAACUGGGCUGACAAUGAGCCUAACAACAAAAAGAACAACCAGGACUGUGUGGAGAUCUACAUCAAGAGUCCGUCAGCCCCUGGCAAGUGGAAUGAUGAGCCCUGUUGGAAAAAAAAGCGAGCACUCUGCUAUAGAGCCUCCUGCCAGGACAUGUCCUGCAGCAAACAAGGAGAGUGCAUUGAGACCAUCGGGAACUACACCUGCUCCUGUUACCCUGGGUUCUAUGGACCAGAGUGUGAAUACGUCAGAGAGUGUGGCGAAUUUGACCUUCCUCAACAUGUGCACAUGAACUGCAGUCACCCUCAUGGAAACUUCUCUUUCAACUCACAGUGCAGCUUCCACUGCACUGAAGGGUACAUAUUGAAUGGACCUAGGGAGCUGGAGUGUUUGGCUUCUGGAAUCUGGACGAAUUCACCCCCACAGUGCACAGCUGUCCAGUGCCCGGCUCUGAAGUCUCCAGAGCAAGGAAGCAUGAGCUGUUUCCAUUCCGCAAAAGCAUUCCAGCACCAGUCCAGCUGCAGCUUCAGCUGCGAAGAGGGAUUCGCAUUAGUUGGGCCAGAGGUAGUGCAGUGCACAGCCUCGGGGGUGUGGACAGCGCCAACUCCGGUGUGUAAAGCCAUUGCCUGUGAGCCCCUGGAGAGUCCUGUCCAUGGAAGCAUGGAUUGCUCCCCGUCUUCGAGAGCAUUCCAGUACAACACCAACUGUAGCUUUCAUUGUGCUGAGGGUUUCACGCUGAGGGGAGCUGACACAGUUCGGUGUGCUGAUUCGGGACAGUGGACAGCACCAGCCCCAGUCUGUCAAGCACUGCAGUGCCAGGAUCUUCCGACCUCAAACAAGGUCCGGGUGAACUGCUCACAUCCCUUUGGUGACUUCAGGUACCAGUCGACCUGUAGCUUUACCUGCGAUGAAGGUUCAUUCCUGGUGGGAGCAAGUGUGCUGCAAUGCCUGGAUACUGGGAACUGGGAUGCUCCUUUUCCAGAAUGCCAAGCUGUUACCUGCGCACCUCUGCCAAACCCUCAGAAUGGAGAAAAGACUUGUGUCCAACCUCUUGGAGGUUCCAGUUAUAAGUCCACAUGCUGGUUCACAUGUCAUGAGGGAUUCUCUUUAUCCGGACCAGAAAGACUGGACUGUGCUCCAUCUGGACACUGGACGGGUUCCCCACCCACGUGUGAAGCCAUCAAGUGUCCGGAACUAUCUGCCCCUGAGCAGGGAAGCCUGCACUGUCCUGACACGCAUGGAGAAUUCAUUGUUGGCUCCAUCUGCCACUUCUCCUGUAACAAGGGCUUGAAGCUGGAGGGGUCCAACCAUGUUGAGUGCACAGCUUCCGGGAGAUGGACAGCACCCCCACCAGCCUGCAAAGUGGACACAGCAUCAGCUCUUGUUCCAGUGGUGCAAUGCCCACCCCUCAUCGCUCCAAUGCAGGGAACAAUGUCCUGUCAGCAUCAUCUGAGGAACUUUGGUUUGAAUACCACUUGCCACUUUGGAUGCAAAGCUGGAUUCACACUCAUGGGAGAUAGAGCUCUCCGAUGCAGACCUUCCAGACAAUGGACAGCAGUAGCUCCCACGUGCAGAGCUGUCAAAUGCUCCAAGCUACCCAUUACUGAGCCAAUAGUGAUGAACUGCUCCAACCCUUGGGGAAAUUUCAGCUAUGGAUCAACCUGCAGCUUCCAUUGCCCAGAGGGUCAAUUACUUAGUGGCUCAGAAAGAACAGCAUGCCAAGAGAAUGGUCAGUGGUCAACAACCUUGCCAACCUGCCAAGCAGGGCCACUGACUAUCCAGGAAACCCUGACUUAUGUUGGUGGAGCAGCAGCUUGUACAACAGGCCUAGUGACGGGUUCGAUACUCCUGGCUCUGCUAAGAAGGCGUUGCAGACAAAAAGAUGAUGGAAAAAGCCCCUUGAACCCUCAAAGCCACCUAGGAACAUAUGGAGUUUUUACAAAUGCUGCAUUUGACCCAAGCCCUUAAGAGACCUGUUCUUGUCUUGGUGACCUCGUCCAACCGCCACAGGAUCCUAUUUUUGAACAUCAGCUUUCCCGAAAAGACUUGAUUCAAGUGUUGAGUGUUUGCUGCAGUUUUCUGUAAAUACUUGUGAAUAAAGGACGUGGAAUUUCCUUUAGAUUAGUUCUGCACCAGAGCAGAAGGACUGGACCACAAGCCCCAAUUCUCCACCCACCACCCUUUCCUGCUCCAUUUCCUCUUCCUUCAACACAAGCUCAGAAGCUGGGACUGAGUGUUUCUGCGGUGGUCUGUGGGCUUUGACCUAGCUGUCACUUGCGGUACUAAUUAGCUAGAGCCCAGAGCAUGACUCACCAGAUCAGACUGGAAAAAUAAAAAUGCCUCUUUAUUUUUGGACUGGAGGAGGUUCUCCUCUACUUUGUUGGAAGGCAGGAGGUGUCUCUGACUUGAGGGAAUUUCUAUAGGAUUUCCUGGGUCUUCAGGGCUUGCUGUUGAUGAAGCCUUUUGGACUUCCUUGAAGCUCCAAGAGAGGCCUCUGGAUGGCACCAGAGGCUGCAGAAGACUGGUGCUCCAGACAGGAAGGUAACAUCGCUGUAGACCUUCCCUCCGCCGUCACUCUCCCCCGGAGGACCCAGAGACCAAACCUUGAAUGAAUAGUUAAAAGGAUUCCCCUAAAUGCUAUGUUCUAGUGUUUGAUAUUUUGCUGAAUAAAGUCUGUAUCCAUCA